AUGGUACAGAUGCUUGAAGGUGAUCUUUAUUACAUCAUAGAGAUAGAGAGUGAACACCAUCACAUACCAGGAUCAGAAGAAACAUGCUGUCAUUACUCAUCCAGCUGGUACAGAGAGUACAUGAAGAGAUACUUAAGUCAAGGAGGAGCUACUUUCAAAGCACAAUUGUGCUGCUUCAGAGAGCUUGAAAUUCCAGCAGAUGAUUCACGUGUUUCAACUCUCUUCUGCCAAACACCAGAAGCAAUAAAGAUGAUGGCUACAAGACACAACGAGAUCAAAGCAUCAAGACUUUCUCAGGAUUCAUUCGAUAGUUUGGCCGCUAUACAAGCAACUUAUGAUGAUGUCUGUCCUGAUGAUCUUUUCAUUUUUGAAUACAGUCCAGAUCGUUCAGAGCUUAUGUUCAUUUACGCACCUUUUGAAGGAAAAGGUUUGGGUCCGAACCAAAGUAGCCUAUAA